CUCUCUUUAACAGACACACAAACGAACGAACAAACAGGUCUCACACUCACUCACUCUCUCUCCACACAAACACAUUCAAGCCUCGUGUCUGUGGAUGUGUGUGUGUGUAUACGCGUUACACACCCGUGUAUGUGUGUAAAGCGCGUGUACGUGUGUACGUGGAUGUGCAAGGAGGAGGCGGGAACACAGAGGAAAAGAGGAAAUUACUAAGCCACGUGUGGUAAUAAUAAUAAGACUCCAAAAUAAAAAAAAAUUAUUAAUACAUUUCUAUAUCAAUCUGUAUCUCUAUAGCCAUAAUGUAUGGGUACUUUGAAAUGAAGUUUGCGCUGGGAGCUGCAGCUGCCAUAACUGGUGCGAGUGCUCUCAUAUACCUCCUGCUGCGGCCGAGAAAACGCCGCCUGGAUCCAGGGAAACGAAAGCCCACGACUCCCUACGCGGCUGCCCCUCCUUCGUACGAAGAACAUGGCAAAGUCAGCAGGAGAGGGAAUGCAGAAGUGCCCGUCAAGAGUGGUGAUGACGUGGCCCUUCAUAACUUGAAUGGUCACGUUUCCGGGGAAAAGGCGUCCACCAGCAGCGAGAGUCCAAAUGCGAGCGUCAGAAAAGUGGAAGAUGAGAAGCUUCGGGGCUCGGGAGGUGGUGGCGUCGAGAAGGACUUCAGUUUGGACGAUGAUGUGAACGACAUCCAGAGGCAGCGCUGUCCUUUGGUCGAGAAAGACUUUAGCUUAGAUGACGAAUUCCAUGGCAGGCCAGAGCAGAGUGAUGAGUUGCCCCAUGUCGCUUCUUCCCCGGUAUUAGACGUUUCAGCGAAGCCUGAUGCAGUUGUGACGAACGAUUCAAGUCAUCUCCUGAAGGAGUUGAGUGAUGUAACUGCAGAUAUAGUUGAAGAUAGGACAGUCAUUCCCAAUUUAGAAGAUAUAACAGCCACCUCUCUUUCUGCAGUGGACCCUGAAAUUAGUAAAACUUGCCAAGUAGAAGUAUGUCAAGAAAGAAGGCUAGACUUUGAGUCUCUGGACAAACCAGAGUGUGACCAAGUUGAUGGAAAUAUUGCUGUGGGUUUAGAAGCAGCCAGGUUGUUGGAGAGUACAGCACCAUUAAAAGGCAGUGCACCUGAAGAAGCUAAUGAAUCUAUACCAAGCAUCCCUGAGCAAGUGACGUCACUGUCUUCAGACGUACAGUGUGGAGAACCCUUGUCAAAUCGUGGAGAAUCUUUUGAAGAAAGGGAGACGGCACAUUCAAGUGAUCCUGCCAAAACGAGCAUUACUAAUAUGGAUGGCAAUUUAGCCACUGCAGAUUGUGACUCCGGCAUCUACGUAUCUUGUGAUAAUCAAAAUUCGUCUUCCAGGUUACUUGAAGAGAGUAAAUUAGACAAAGAAUUAGAACCUGUCACUGUUGGUGAUGUCAAGGAAGUGAAUGAAUCCGUGAUAACCCCUGACAAUGUUUCUUUAGUAGAUAAAGAACAAAAUAGUUUUGAGUCUGUUGAAUCUGCAGCUUGUCAGUUAUCUCACGAGGGUGACACACUUACUGGUCAGCCUGAAGUACAAGUUUCACAGUCGGGCAUUGAAAAUUCAUCUGUCCCAGAAGAGAAAAGUGUAUCACUUCUUUCUGCAGAAUCAGGAGAAUCAAAUUUGUUGUCUCAGGGUUGUGAAGUUGUAUUGGAAACUUGUAAAGUAGGUUCAGCUCCUGAAUUCUCUAGUGAGGUCACGGUUAACUCCUCGGAUGCCUGCGAGAAAGAUUUAUCAGGAUUAUCGCUCUCAGGAACUGUUGCUUCUUCCACGUUUGCAACAACGACUGAGGAGUCCGCAGCCAAAGAUGGACUUGUUGAGGAUUGUGUACAAGUCACCGAGAAGAGAACUGCUGCUGAACAUAAAGCAGAGGUUCAAGAAAUUGCAGAGAAGGAAAUUUGUGUCGGCAGUACAGUAGCAGCCUCAGAACUCAGCCCAGGGAAAUUGAAAGAAAAUCAAGAAGACAAAUCAGAAGUUGUAAUGACUGGAAAAGUUUCAGAAUCCCCGGACGUAGAUGCCAAAAAGCAAAGCAAACCUGGCGUUUCUGCUGAUGCCACCAAUUUAGAUCAGAAUAAAUCUCCGUUAAAAACUGCUGCACCAAAGAAGGAAGAGGCGAAAAAGGCCAAAGGAACAGAAAGUAAAUCUCCAAGUGCUAAAACCACCAAGGAAAGUUCCCCAUCUUCUGAGUCUGGUUCUGGCGGAAGACGCAGUUACAAGGGCCGCACCAGGAACCCCGUGGGUGGUUCGCCCAGCUCGGCUAACGAGGAACCGCUCGUGCCAAAGGAAAAUGAAGAUCAGGCUAAAGACGAGCCGUGCUCGGUUGAAGAUCCUGCUGCGACUAAAGAAAAAUCAACCGCGGAUUCGUCGUGGAGGGCUGCGAACACAAAGCCCAACAAGGACCACGCGUCCAUCCAGACGAAGGGAGAAGCAGCCGUGGGUAGUGCGAAAGAAUCUAAUAAAACUGUUAAAGAUUCGAAUAAGGCGCCAAAGACCAAGAAGGAAGCUGUUGACUGUUCAAAAAAUAAGAGUUACAAAGAGCGUGUCCGAAACACUCAGGGAUCGGAACACAGGAAAUCUGAAUCCGAGGACAGAACGCUGGACAAUAACGACAGGAAUUUGAGAUCCAACGAAAGCAGUCAGAGUAGCAUCGGCGAAGUCGAACCCGAAACCUUGUUCAACCCUUCAGCGUUCCCGGUUACUAGUCAAGAAACUUACAUCUUUUAUGAAUUUGAGAUACCUCAGGUUUUAGUUGGCCGAUUGAUUGGCAGGAAAGGCGCAUUUGUCAACAAAAUUAAAGCGGCCACAGACGCUUCUAUAAUCGUUGGUCCCCAUAGAAACAGGAGAUUCAAGAUGUGUUCUGUAGAAGGUACAAAGUCACAAGUAGAGGCAGCUUUAGAUAUGAUCCGCGAGUAUUUCCCCAUCAACCGUUACCCAGAAUUGACGUUAGCGCAGGUGCACAGUCGUUCGCCUGCUCUACCGCCCGUUCACGGUGUGAUAAACAACCAAGCAAUGCAGAUUGAACUUGCCAUGGGGGUCGUAGUGGAGGUUCGCGUCAGUGCCGUGGCCAGCGGCAACGAGAUCUGGGUUCAGCAGCCGCUCCACCCCUCGUUUUCGGCCCUCCAGCGCCUUCAGGCCUGCAUGAACCUCAACUACGGUGAUGGUUCCACCACCCCACAAAUCCCUGGUCCAAUUCCGGAGAGAACUGUGUGCGUUGCUCAAAUAGACACUCAGUGGUAUCGAUGUCAGGUCCUCAGUGCAACGGAGGAGACCGUCUUAGUUGUGUUGUUAGACGUCGGUGGUGCCCUGACAGUUCCUGCCUCAUCUCUUAGACAGAUUCGGAGGGACUAUGCAACCUUACCUUUCCAGGCAACGCAGUGCUUGUUGCAUGGAAUUCAGCCCACAUCUGGUAAGAGCAUUGAUGAUGAUGUUUGUGUUUCAAAUAUGUACUAUUAA